CUAGCUGUUACAUCUUCUUGAUCUGCGCGUCCGAGGCACUCGACUGGGCGCCUUGGACCUUCACAGUGUCGCCCUACGAGCUCCAAGUUCUCAGCGCCCGCAUGCCCAUGACGCCCCACCGCCCCUUCCUGACAGAGGACGAUGAGGUGGACGCAUUCAUCGACGCGAACGACCGGCCGGCGUCGGCGGGUACCCGCCGCCGUCUCUUCGCAGCGUUCAUGACAUUCGGGUUGCUGAACAAUGUGCUAUACGUGAUCAUCCUCAGCGCCGCGCUAGAUCUCGUGCCGGCGACCACGCCCAAGGGCAUUGUCGCAUUCUUUAACAUCUUCCCUGCCCUUAUCGCCAAAGUGUGCUGGCCGCUCAUCUCAACUGGCGAGAUUCAGUACCGUCGUCGCGUCGGCUUCUGCACCGCAAUUAGCUUCAGUGGCAUCCUGAUUGUGGCGCUCUCCCCGACGGUACACGGACGACUGUUUGGUAUCGCACUGGCGUCAUUCUCGAGUGGGCUGGGCGAGCUCACCUUCCUUCAGCUCACCACCACCUUGCCGACACGACAGGCUUCCAAGACCGCCGUCGGCGCCUGGUCGUCUGGGACCGGUUUCGCGGGCGUCGCGGGCGCCGCACUGUGGUGGCUCCUUCGCGGCCUCGGGGUCCGCAAGGGACUCGGCAUAUCCUCCGCGCUUCCCCUCUUCUUUCCGCUUACUUACAAGUUCGUGCUGCCUAGCUGGAGUGACCUGGCCACUACACCGGCGUACCAGCCCCUUGCCACCGGCGAAGAUGAGGAGGAGAUGCAGGGUGAAGCUCGACCUCCGCCCGACGCCUUCGGACGACACGCUCCGAAGGUGUAUCUUUCGCCAGCCGAUAAGUGGGAGCUCUUUAAGCCCCUCGUGCUCCGGUACAUGGUCCCGCUCUGCUUUGUGUACAUUGAGGAGUACGUCAUCAACUCCGGCGUUGCGCCUACCCUCGUCUUUCCGCUGCCUAUCCACGGCCCGUGGUCGCUUCUGUUCAAGAGUCCGCGCGAUUAUUAUCCCUUCUGGAGCCUCACCUAUCAGAGCUUCGUGUUCAUCUCGCGCUCAAGCUUGUCUCUCGGCCUCCCGCCCAUCCCGCGCGCGCUUCUCCCAGUCCCGACAGUCAUUCAGUUCUUCGUUCUCGUCCUUCUCGCGCUCCAGUCUCGCUCCUUUAUUUUCGCCACGCCGGAAUACACGCCGCCUGCACCUGAGCCAGCGACAGGUGUCGACCGGUCUAUCACGGCCAUCUUCCUCCUCACCUGCCUAGAAGGGCUGUGUGGCGGCUCGGCUUACGUUAACACAUUUUACCACGUCGGGCACGAAGGCGGUGACGAUGAGGAUGGCGAUGGUUCAUCGCCGGAGGAGGUGCGGCGGAAGAUGGAGAAAGAGUUCCGCAUUGGCGCGACCGGCGCCGCAGACUCAACAGGCAUCCUCUUCGCGUCUCUCGUGUCCAUGCCUCUCGAGAUUGCGCUCUGCAAUGCGCAGAUCGCGCAGGGGCGCGACACGUGCCGCAAGCUAUAGACUGUAGCAUAGUAAUCAUAUCAUGGCAUCUCUAGUACAUUCCACUGCCAACA